CGGCAAAGCGAACUAGAGCGUUGCAGAACAUACCAGCGAGGGAAAACUAUUUCUCAACCUGCUCUUUCAGUGUAUGUGAAGUGUUUAAAUUAGACGGUGAAAAUGAUCGAGGUGGUUUGUAACGAUCGUCUUGGAAAGAAAGUCCGAGUCAAAUGCAACUCAGAGGAUACCAUCGGAGAUCUGAAGAAGCUCAUCGCAGCUCAGACAGGAACACGAUAUGACAAGAUCGUUUUGAAAAAAUGGUAUACCAUAUUUAAGGACCAUGUGACUCUAGGAGACUAUGAAAUCCAUGAUGGAAUGAACCUGGAGUUGUACUACCAGUAGAUGAGGAGGACCACAAGUCAGAGAUGCUCAGACACAACUCCAUACACACACAGUUGUGUGCAGCUGAAAGGGGGCGCCAUCCACCAGACAAAAACACAUUGCUGUCAUAUAAGUCUCAGCAUAAUGGGAAAGUUAUGUUCUGGUCUUUUGAUAUUCUGUAAUUAAAUGCAGUGUGUUCACAAGACAAGUUGCAGGUGAUUGUUGCAGUUUUGAAAAAUGUAUCUUUAGACGCAACCAUUUGGAUGAUUGUUUUGUGAUGCACUGUUUGGUUUUGAUGUUAGCAAUCUCUGUGUUAAACAUUUGAAAAAACACGACUAAUUGAUACGUGAUCUAGUAGUUUUAAAGUGAGAACAAAAAAAGGAUGAAUCUGUGGAGAUGUAGUCGGCAGUGUUUCUCUGCAUUUUUCUGGACAUGUAAUUGAGUUUCUCUUUAUCAAUCCAUUAUCUAAAAGUUUAAAAUGAUCAAACAGGUAUAAUUCUGGUUCUUAUCUAGAUGUCUUUUGUUUUCUAUAUAAAGAAGUAUGUUUUUUUUCCAAAACAUUGGUCAUUCUGUUUUUUUUGUUUUUUUUAGGUAAAUCUUCUGAGUAAAAUGCUCGCUCUUUUAAAAA